AACCGAUUAACAUACAGAAGUAAUAAAUUAAGAAAAUAAUUCUUAUGCUUUUCAGUAAAUAUUAAUAUUUUGUAAUUUCCACAACUGAGUACAAUUUCUCAAAGAACAAAAUCCAGAAAUUAAACUGUUACGGUGAUUGCACAAAACAGAAAACCGAAAAUCAAUAAACAAUGUCAAUUUUAUUUCAAACGACUAUAUUGAUUGUUUAUUUGGUUUCAUUAUCAACUCAAACUAAUAUUGGGCAUGCAUGGAACAAUCAUCACUGGGACUUAGAAAAGGAAACACAACAACAACAACAACAACAACAAUAUCUAGAUGACAUUGAUCGUAUUGAUGAGCAUAAUGAUGAUGAUAAUGCUAAUGAUGAUGAUAAUCAAUAUUUGUAUUUAUUUAAUUUAAAUAGACAACCAUCCUAUUCAACUAACUUUAGGCGUAAAGUAUUUUCAGGUCCAAAAAUUAAUUUACCUAUUCAUAUGGAUGAAGAUACUGAUAACCUACAAGAAUCGGUUUCUUCUUUACCUCCUACAGAUGAAAACACUGAAAAUAUUGAAUAUUUAAAUCCAAUUUGGCCAAAUCUAAUUUAUUAUAGAAAUCCUUUAAAAAAACGUGAUAAAACUAUUGAUUGGUUGAAUGAUAAUACUCAACUAAUUGAUAAUAGUAUGAUUGUAAAAAAAAUGCCAGAAAAUAUAAAAUGGUCUACACCAAUUCAACCGGGCAAUUCAAAAGAUUUACGUAAAUUACGUAAUUUAGAUACAUUUAAUACAAAACAAUAUAAACAUCAAGGUGGAGAAAAAUCAGAUGAUACACAUCAAGAAUAUUCUAGAUCUUGGACAAACGAAAGCGAUUCCAAAAAUUCCGCCGUAAACGAACAAAGCGAACGUCAAGGCUGAUAUUAUUGUUAUUACAUUUAUGUGCAUAUAUCUAUACAUGUGUAUAUGCUCCCCUUCAUAUGAAUAUAUUGAUUGAUAGAUGUACGAAGAUAGACAUGUAAUCACAACCAAUCAUAAUUCAACCAUAUAUAUAUAUAUAUAUAUAUAUAUAUGUCAGAAUGUUUCAACUCAAUCAAUCAAUCAAUCAAUCAGUAGUAUCUAACCUGAUUAUCUCAAAUUACAGAUUAAUUCUAUUUUAAUUCAUUUAAGAAAUUUAAAAAAGUUUGGACGAAAAAAUUGUGAAAAAAUAAAAGAUUAUUCUUGAUAAUAUUUCAUUUUAUUAUAUGGAUAUAUAAAUUUAUUUUAUAUUUUUUGUUUGUGUUAAUUGUAUUUUACUGUUGUUGUUAUUAUUAUUGUUGUUGCUAUCCUAAUUAUUGAUUAUAAUUUUACGUGUUUGUUUUAUAUAAUUAUAAUUAAUAAUUUAUUUUAAAUAAUUUAUUAUUUUAACUUUAAAAUGAAAAUGUUGUGCAAAUCUUAAACUUUUUAUUUUCGUUUCUGUUGUCUUUUUGUUGAUUUCUUCUCUUCUUCUUUCCAUUUUUCUUUUUUUCUUUUCUCUUAGAAAAAUUUAAUCACUAUGUGUGUUUUAAGAAUAUUUAUUUGAAAAAAAACCCAAUGAAUGUCAUAAAUAAUUAAGCAUAUACUUUUUAAUAUAUCAGUUUUAUAUUAUAUUAUAAAUCAGUAACGAAUAUUCAAUAGAGAAUGCCAAAUAUGAAUUCGAGAGUAGAUAAUUUUUUUAUUUUUGAAAUCUUGAAAUAAUACUUGUGAUGGUCGUUAUUUAAUAUAAUCCUUAAAUUUUGUAUACAGUUCAUCUUGAUAACGGUUACUAGAUAACGCCUCAACGGUGUAAUAAUCAGAGGGUGAAUACAAAAUGUUGAUUAUGUUUUUAUAAUUAUACCAUACACAUAUAUCCUAAUUUACAAGUAUGUCAAGCAAGCAUGAAAGAGUAGUGCUAAAAAG